AGCGAACGGAUCGCACACCUCCUAAGUCUUUGAUUUAUAACAUCUAUUCGAGAAAACUUAAAAUAAGUUUUUAUUUGGAUAGAUACACAUAGAUUGCCAAUUUUCUGGCAACAAACAGACGCGGUGUCGGCAAACAACACACAUUUUUGGGGGCAAUCAUUAGAUAGCUAGUUUUGAAGUCCAGCAAGAUUAUAUACAAAUUUUGUUGUCUUCAGAUUUUGAACGUUUUUUAAAAGAAAUUACCAAGGAACCAUCUCAAAAUGUCGAAUAGCAUUGUUAGAUUGGCCAAUCCCCAUUUGGAUACGAUGGCAUCGGACUUUUUGUACCACUUGGAUAUUAAUGUGUCAAAUACCCAGGAUACUAGUGAUAUUCAGCAGAGAUUCGGCGAUGUCAGGGUGGUCUGCACGGGUGGAACUGCAUCUCGAAUGCGGGAGUUGGCUCUAUACAUGCGGAAGGUAUUGGGAGUGUCAGACCCGAGUGAUCCGGUGGACUUGUGCGAGCGCGGCCAUCGGUAUGCCAUGUACAAGGUGGGUCCGGUACUAUGCGUAAGUCACGGGGUGGGAUCCUCCACUUUUAGCGUUGUGCUUCACGAGCUGCUCAAGCUGGUCAAGUAUGCCCGGUGCCAGGAUCCCAUCUUUCUGCGAAUCGGCACCUGCGGAGGACUGGGAGUGCCACCUGGUACAGUGGUGGUCACCAAGGAUGCAUUUAAUGGCCUGCUGCGCAACGAACAUCAGAUCGCUGUUCUUGGAAAACUUGUGGUACGACCAGCUCAGUUUUCUGAAGACGUGAUCAGAAAUAUAAUGGAAUAUGGUGCCGAUCCUAAUGACGGUUUUCAGACCAUAAGUGCCAACACAAUGGGAACAGAUUGCUUUUAUGAGGGUCAGGGACGCACCGACGGAGCUAUAUGCGAGUACACUGAGAAGGAUAAGAUGGACUUCCUGCAGAAGUGCCAUGAUCUGGGAAUCCGAAACAUCGAGAUGGAGGCUAGCAUGUUUGCCUCAGUAACCAAAAAAGUGGGAGUCAAGGCCGGGGAUGUUUGUGUGACCGUGGUGAAUCGCCUUCAAGGGGAUCAGGUUACCGUCACCAUGGACCAGAAGCACGAAUUCGAGCAACGACCCUUCCUGGUGGUUGGCCGUUAUAUUAAGAAACUACUCUCCCAGAAUCUUUUAAAAUAAAUAGUCGCUUGAUUUAAAAAAAUAAAAAGAAAAGAGUAAUAA